UGCAAACAAAGUGUAUGGUUAAAGGAAAUUGUGAAAGUUCAGGAUAGAUAGAGAAGGAAUGCCAGAUAUCAAUAAACGAACUUAUUAUGCACGAAACAACUAAGAAUCGAGAGAAAGAGGAAGUUGUCGGAAGUUCUCGUUCACGUGCGAUGUGUUAAGAACAACGUUAUGUGUUAAGAAAAGCUCGUGAUACUCCGUCAUUCGCGAAUCAUAACGACAUUGCAGUCAUUUAGCGAACUUAGAACUCCUCCUAUUCCUUCUUUUUUAUCAAAUAGGGGUGACAUGUUCCAUAAAUAUAGAGCACGAUUAUACAUUCAAUGCGGCAUUUAAAUAUGCACAUUUCAUACGUUGCGCAAUUCUAUUAUAUGGAAUUGAAAGUAAACUUUACCAUUGAUAAAAUGAAACUGAAACUAUGGAAGAUACUUAUUGCUUACUGUAGAAAACACGAUUGUAAGUUAAUAAUAUUUUAAUAAUAUUUUAUUUAACGGUUGCAAUUUUUUGUAAAUAGGUUUGAAGACACUUUUAACGAUAACUCAAAUAAGAUGAUUUGUAUCAUAAAACGCUGGACUUUGGAAACGUUACAAACUUCAAACCUUCGAGCAAAUGUAUAUUUAUCAUCGCCAGUUGCUGCAACAUUCGAGCGAAGAAAUAGAUAAUAUUGUUUACCGUUUUGAAGCAGCAAGGUUUCAGAGUUUUGAAAAUUGACAUAUACCAUACAUUGGACCGAAAAAAUUUGCAGCUGUAGGAUUCUAUUACAUAAGCGAAGGUGAUAAAGUGACAUGUUUCGAAUGUCAAGCAAAGGUAUGGUAUUGGAUAGAAGGACUUUAUUCGCAAAUUUAAUUGUGCUAAUGUACUAAUUGGAGUGGAUCCAGCAGUUAUACCGCCAUUACCAAGAAGUACAGACAUAGGUAUAAUUGUAGAAAUGUAUUUAUAAAUAAUUACCUACAUCUAGUCCUGAUAACCAUAACUUCUCAAUGAAAUUAGAACCAUCAAUCACAGCUAAACUUUGCUGUUUAAGUCUGGGAAGGACUAAGGAACUAGUAUAUCCUGGUUAUACUGGUUACAAUGCUAGACCACAUGCAUUUGCAGCAUGGCCAAAAUCUAUGCCACAAACGAAGGAACACUUAGCAGAUGCAGAUUUUAGAAGAGAUAGUUUACAAGAUCGGGAAACACAAGAUGAUCUUUCUGGAGGAGAUAUGCGGAGAGACCCUAACAUCAAACACCCACCACAAGUGGAUGAUCAUCCUGAGCAUCCUGAGUAUUCCGAAUCAUUAGAGGACUGCACACUGCAAUAAACACAGUGUACCAACUACGAAUAGAUUGCGAAGAGCUGCAGAAGAUGCUGAAAAUUAAUUGAAAGUCGAGGAUUCGAAACUAAGAACUUUCGGUUAGGAAUCCAAGCCUCGACCAACUUAGCUAUCGCUGUUUUAUUUACAAACAUUCUUUAAGAAAUUAUAAUAAGGAGUUGAGAAGUUGAUUGUCAGAAUGUUACGGGAAGAAGGGGGCAAGAGAUAACUCAGUUUGCUCCGCCUGUCCCCACUUCUGACACUGUCACAAUGUUUAGAUAAGGUACAUGGUGUCAGAUGUAGUAGUAGGAUUUAAAUAUCAGCGAGAGGUUAUAAUCACCUAUAUACAUACAUACAGUCUACAAACGUAGAAACAGAGGGAAAGAAAGAAACAGAAAACAAUCUACAAUCGAGUUCUCGAGAUAAUGAUAUUCAGAGUAUUGCAAGCAAUAGAAUCCGUGAAAGAAAGUGUAGAAAAUUUAUGAAUAUAAAAUCACAAAACAUUAAACCUACAGACAGUGCAAGAAUGUGUAAAAUAUGUUAUAACGUAGAAUUAGAAGUAACAUUUUUAGUAUAUAGACAUUUGGACGUACGAUUGUUUAUGUAAAACGUGAUCCUGGCAUGACAACUUGUGUAGCGUGAACCUAUUACGAUGAGUGCACGAGUUUUCUUCUCGCUAUAUUUCAUACGUAUUCAUAAUAUUUCAACAAUUAUACAUAAAAAUACAUUGCACAUACAUGGAUAAUAUAUUUAUGGUGAUUCUGUACUUUGAAUUUUAUUUUUAAAUAUUUUUGACAGACCGUUUCAGUAUGAGCGACUGUAUCUUCUAUAGACCAUCUAACGAAUCGAAUCAGUAUCGAUGAACGAAACACUUGUAUGUAAAAAAUGAUUUUAUUAUUGAUUGGCUAAUACUAGUUAAUUGUCAAUGUUCAUGAAUCUAUAUCAGAAUAAAAAAGUAUUAAUUAUUUCGAGCUUGUUUUGUAGCUGUAUUUAUUCUGUUAUUUAUAUUUGUUGUCAUAGUAUUUGUACACAUGCUAACAAUGAAUAAUCUCAGAGUGUAGCGAAUAAAUUAAUAUUCUGAGAAGUUUUAUAAUGUUUUGGGAUUAUGAAUUCAAUUCUAAUCAAUCAUUCCCAUCUAAAUGAACCCAUUCCCAUUAUGUUUAUAAAUAUUGGCUUGACCUGUUUGAUGAUCGGUAGAUGUCAACACGUUUACCACCCCUUUGAGAUCAUUAUAUAAAUAAAAAUAUUAUUAGAAAAUAACCAUUAGUUAUACCUUAUUUCAAAGAUUUCAAUUCGAGCAGAAUGCCUUCCUAAAAUAGAUUUAAAAUGAAACAUCGGUGAGUGAUCGAUUAAAGAAAUGAAUCCGUUCAUUAUGUCGAGAUUAAACAGAUUAAUUUACUGAUUCUGUAGCAAAGAUUGGCGAAAGCUUACAACACAAAGAAAAAUAUAUUGAAGAUAAAGGAUUAGAAUUGUGCACAAUGCAAAAAUGCUUCGAAGUCGUUUCAUCUAGUCUAGUGGAUUGAAAUGGAUCGCUUCAGUCAUCUGAAGAUUCAUUGUGGUCGAUAAACUAAAGAUAAAACGUUCGCUGAUGAAAAAGAAACGCGACAAAUCAUUGGAAAAAUCAAGCUCUCACCGAAGCUAGGUAAAAAUCGGUUUGUAUAUCGCUCUCUCGAGAUCGAGAAUAGUCCAGGCAAUCAGAGUAGACAAUUGCUUCGUUAAAACGUUAAUUACGCGAAAGGAGCUUUUCAUCGAGUUACCCGAGAAUCCACAUCUGCCCGAUAGGUAUACACAAUCGAUGCUCUGUUAGCGAUGCACGCUACAAUUGAUAUUCCAACUGAAAUCGCUUUACUCAUCGACAAAGUGCUUUCGUCUAGAUUUCAAACGAA